AUGCCGGCCGUGAGUUACAACCAGAAGGUAGUUAUCAUUACCGAUGCAACUACUCCUUUUGCCCAAGAAUGUGCUGCCAUGUUCGCAGCCCGUGGCGCGAAUCUAGUCCUCAAUUUUCCUCCGUCAUCGCUCUCGGCGCGUCCAACUUCUCCCCUCCAGAGUCCAAGAUACCGUGAUGACCGUUCAGUGAUCGAAACGCACCAAGAGCUCAAAGAGGCUCAACAAAUCAUUGCAGCGGCCGUAGGAAAGUACGGCACUGUCCAUAUUUUGAUCAAUAACGCCUCUUUUCGAAGUCCUGGUCCUACAUACGACCUUCAGAGCUGCACAGCCUGGGAUACUAUGCGAAGGGUUGUCAUAGAUGGAGCAUUCAAGGCAGUCUGGCCACAUUUUCGCAAAAAUGGCUAUGGAAGAAUAUCUUUCAUAGACUCUGAACCUACAGGGUGUGGAGUGGCUGAGCUUGCUGGCAGAUUUGCCUUGUUUGGAUUUGCCGAAACAUUGGCGCGAGAAGGAGUGAAAUACAACAUCCGGGUGAAUGUUAUUGCUCCACAAUCCCUUUGCUACGUCACAGGUCAACAUCUGAGCUCUUCUUUGAACCCCGCUGUGCAGGGGGUUACGUCCCUUGCAGGAGCUCUCAGCCAUGAAUCGAACAAGGACGAAGCUGGUUCGCUCUUUGCGGUUGGAGAUGACCAUAUCACCAAGUUCCAAUGGGAGAGGUCAAAAGGUGUCUUCUUGAAUCCGGAUAUCAACUUUACUUCAGCAGCAUUGGCCAUGAAAUGGGGCGAGAUCUAUGACUUUUCGGAGAAAACUUACUCAAAUUCGGCAAUGGAUUUUGGCAGUCUACUGCCAAAAAUGCAGGAACUACCAGGCAAUGCUAAGCUUCCUGUUUCCGACUUUUCAGGGCGGGUGGUAUUGGUUACCGGUGGUGGAUCUGGGCUUGGUAGGGCGUAUUCUAUUGCCUUUGCAAAAUUGGGAGCCUUAGUGGUUGUUAACGAUGUAGCCGAUCCUCAAGCCGUGGUGGAUGAGAUCAGCCGUGACGGUGGCAUUGCCGCUCCUGUCCUCUCCUCAGUGGAGGAGGGAGACUACAUCGUCCAGAAAGCUCUCGAACUCUACGGCCAUAUUGACAUACUUGUUAACAACGCAGGUUUCGUUCGCGACAAGUCAUUUGCGAACAUGGAUGAGAAUAUUUGGAACUCGAUAAUAGACGUACACCUUAACGGUACAUAUCAAAUGACCAAAGCUGCAUGGCCACACUUUGUACGUCAAAGACAUGGAUGCAUCAUCAACACAACGAGCACGAGUGGAAUCUACGGCAAUUUUGGUCAAGCCAACUAUUCUGCCGCAAAAUUGGGUAUCCUGGGCGUAUCAGAAGCUACUGCCCGCGAGGGACGGAAGUAUAAUAUUCGUGUCAAUACAAUUGCUCCCGUCGCCAGCACUAGAUCGUUGGCCAUGGCACUAACUGAUACGGACAAGAACAACCUGGCCGUCUUCUUGCCAGAAUAUGUCGCUCCAGUUGUAGUUCUCUUGAGCUCAGAUACGCUCAACGGGAAGAUCAAUGAUACCGCUGGUGGUUUAUUUGAAGUUGGUUGCGGAUGGCACGCAAACACCCGUCUCCGUCCUGUUUCCGAGCUCAAGUUUUCUUCCACAGCGGAGUUAUCCCCAGACGCUCUAUCAGAGCCUUGGCUGGAGAAUACAGAGCCGCAGAAAGCAAACAGAAGCACCAUAUCUCCCAUCAACACAAACAAAGACGUUCUUGAGGUCAUUGCUGCGCUCAAGCGGGUCGACGUCGAACACAGCGAAUACAAGUUUACAGAGCGAGACGUGGCACUCUACAAUCUCUCAGUUGGAGCUAAAAGGUUGGAACUUUCUUUUCUAUGGGAGGAAUCGGCAUCCUUUCAGGCGAUACCAACCUUCGGAGUUAUACCAUUCUUCAGCAUGGAGACGAUAUACUACCAUGGCCAAAUCCUGCCUCGGUUCAUGCCCACUCAGUCGCUAUUGGGCGAAGUCUAUCUGGAAAUACUUCAAGACACCAUACCACGUUCAGGGCACCUCCAGACGCGCAGAAGGCUUGUAGAGGUUCUAGAUAAGAACAGCGCAGCGGUUGCUAUCACGGGUUAUACGACGGUAGAUGCCGCUACCGGGAUACCUCUUUUCUACAACGAACUUUCAUUCUUCAUGCGCGGGGCGGGCGGCUUCGGCGGCGUGCGUGACCGGCCGUAUCAGACGCCGUCUUCGCGCACUUACAUCAUGCCAAACCGACAGCCAGAUGCGGUCGAUGAAUUCCGCACUUCCGAAGAGCAGGCUGCAUUGUACAGGCUGACGGGCGACCGCAUGGCAAUGCACAUUGACCCCGAAUUCAGCAAAAAGGGAGGCUUUCCUCUCCCUAUCCUUCACGGAAUGUGCUUCAUGGGCAUUGCCGGCAAACACCUCUUUCAAAGAUACGGAUCUUAUCGCAGUAUCAAGGUCAAAUUGGUUGGCACUGUUGUCCCAGGCCAGACACUGCGGACCGAAAUGUGGGAGUCUGAAAAUGAGAAAGAGCUGGUGGUCUUUCAGAUGAAGGUGGUUGAGACUGGGAAACUUUGCAUUGCAGGGGGAGGUAUUUGGUUACGCAAUCCCUUGGGUCACUCGAAGAUGUCCAGGUUGUAA